AUGAAGCUUGCCGUCUUCAGCGCAAAGCCCUACGACCGGGACUACCUGACCCAGGUCAACACCGCGCGCUCCCAGGCCGACUCCCCGCCUCCCGCCCUCGAGCUCGUCUUCCACGACUUCCCUCUGUCGGAGGAGACGGUGCCCCUCGCCCACGGCGCCGGCGCCGUCUGCGCCUUCGUCAACGACGACCUGGGCGAGCCCGUGCUCGCGGCCCUGGCGGACGCCGGCGUGCGCGCCAUCCUGCUGCGCUGCGCCGGCUACAACCACGUCGACCUCGCCGCCGCCGAGCGCCUGGGCCUCUUCGUCGCCAACGUGCCCGCCUACUCGCCCGAGGCCGUCGCCGAGUUCGCCGUCGCCCUGAUCCAGACGCUCAACCGCAACACGCACCGCGCCUACAACCGCGUGCGCGAGGGCAACUUCCGCCUCGACGGCCUGCUCGGCCGCACCCUGCACGGCAAGACGGUCGGCGUCGUCGGCACGGGCCGCAUCGGCCUCGCCCUCGCGCGCAUCAUGCGCGCCGGCUUCGGCUGCCGCGUCCUCGCGCACGACCCCUACCCGUCCGCCGAGCUGGCCGGCCUCGGCGGCGAGUACGUCGCGCUCGACGAGCUGCUGGCCGAGAGCGACUUUGUCAGCCUGCACUGCCCGCUGACCGAGGCCACGCGCCACGUCAUCUGCGAGGCGAGCCUGGGCCGCAUGAAGCCCGGCGCCAUGCUCGUCAACACGUCGCGCGGCGGGCUCAUCCGCACGCGCGACGUCAUCGCGGCGCUCAAGAGCAAGCGCCUCGGCGGGCUCGCGCUCGACGUCUACGAGGGCGAGGGCGCCAUCUUCUACAACGACCACUCGGCCGACAUCAUCGACGACGACGAGCUGACGCGCCUCAUGACCUUCCACAACGUGCUCAUCUGCGGCCACCAGGGCUUCUUCGCCCACGAGGCCCUCGGCGAGAUCGCCGAGUGCACGCUGCGCAACCUCGAGGACUUUAUGCGCCGCGUGCCGUGCGACAACUCGCUCGUCCGGGAGGGGCACCUGCUGGUGAGGCGCGAGUCGGCGCCGGUGCGCAUCUGA